GUCUUUUCUCAGAAAGUAGAUCCGUAAUCAAACAAUCCAAAACUAGUAGUGUCUCCUCUUGAUCCAUGUCUGCGUGGAGAAUGAUGGCAGGCAACACUGCCGCAGUGUUGGAAUCAUCUUCGUCAGACUGCGGCAGGCUGCGACGGUCUCAACUCGCAGGGUCUGGCUGCUUUGACAUCGAGAUUCGUCAACAAAGGUAUAAGAGGCAUCGUCUCUUCUUCGAGAUGAGUCUUGAAAUCAUCCCAUCCCCAUCCCCACACAUCUUGGCUUCACAGAGAUAAUACAUAAUACUCAAACUACUUUGACUGUUUCACAAUCACAACUUUCAACUUUCAACUUUCAACAUGCCUUUUAUCUCGCGUUCGUGGCUCCCCUUGGCCGCUUUGCUGGCAUUGGCCCCUGGGGUCAUUAAGGCUGCUGAGUCCAAGGAUUGCCCAGCCUCUCCUACCGGACAGGCCAUCUACAUCCUCACCAACGAUGAGAGCAACUCGGUUGUUGCGCUGCCCAUCGGCCCCGACGGCAAGCUUUCUGCCGGCACCAUCACCGCCACCGACGGAGCCGGGUCCAUCGCGCUGAACGCCGAGAACCAGCCCGCCACCCCCGAUGCCCUGGUCAGCCAAUCUGCGCUGACCAUGGUCGGAAACACCAUCUUCGCGGUCAACGCCGGCUCCAACACGCUGAGCAUGCUGACCAUCUCCCCAUCGGACCCGACCAAGCUGACAGCCGUCGGCAAGCCGGUGGCGUUCCCGGGCGAGUUCCCCAACACGGUCGGCGCCUCGGCCAAGCACGGCCUGGUGUGCGUCGGGUCGUCGGGCGCCAAGGCCGGCGUGGCCUGCAGCAGCUUCUCGGCCACGCGCGGGCUCGGGCCCAUGGACGCCCUGCGGCCCUACGACCUCGGCCAGACGACGCCCCCCAUCGGGCCCACCAACACCGUCUCGCAGGUCUUCUUCUCCGAGGACGAGAGCGCCCUGUACGCCAUCGUCAAGGGCGACCCGCCCACCAACAAGACCGGCUUCUUCUCGUCCUUCCCCGUCACGGCCGGCAGCGGCUGCGGCAAGAAGAAGAGGGGCGGCGGCAAGGCGUCCGUCUCCAUGAAGGAGCAGCGCAGCGAGCCGGCCGACACGCUGGUGCUGUUCGGAUCGCAGCAGGUGCCGGGCACGGACACCGUCUUCUCGACCGACGCCGGCUUCGGCGCGGCGGUGCUCCGCGUCGACCCGCAGACCGGCAUGGCCACGACGGUGGCGACGGGCGCGGUCGAGGGCCAGAUCGCGACCUGCUGGGUGUCCAUCUCCCCUGUGACGGGCACCGCCUUUGUCACCGACUUCGCCGCCAACCGCAUCGUCGAGAUGAGCGUCGCCGACGCCACCGUCGUUUCUACCUUGGACCUGUCCCCCAACGGCGACGCCGGCCUGACUGAUCUGCGCGCCGCCGGCAACUUCGUGUACGCCCUCGCCCCCGGAAACGGCUCCACCCAGUCGGCUGUCACCGUUGUUGAUGUCUCGGGCGGCUCUGGUUCUGCUGCCGAGGUCCAGCGCUUUAGCCUGGACGGUAUUGCUAACAACAGGGCUGUUGGUAUGACCGUUCUUCUUUGAGAGGUUCCGGGUCGUGUUGGUAGGCGGUUCGUCAUGGGGCUGGAACCGAAGAUGGUUGGUAGUGUGGGCAGUGUUGGGGGUUAGAUAAAUAGUUCUCUUGUGUCAAUUAAUUUCGCUG